AUGCCUCACGAUGAUGCUCUAGUGAUCAAGAUGGUAAUCGCCAAUUGUACGGUGGGGAGAAUUUUGGUUGAUAAUGGGAGCUCGAUUGAUGUCCUAUAUUAUGAUGCAUUUGAAAAGAUGCUCCUGAAACCCGAGAUGCUGAAAAGAGUAGAAUCCCCGUUGUAUGGGUUCAAUGGAGCCAUUGUUCAGGUGAAUUCAACACACAAUGGGAUAUUAGGACGCCCUGGACUCAAUGCGCUACAGGCGGUGGUGUCUGCUCCACAUUUGGUGAUGAAGUUUCCCACUGAUCACGGGAUUGGGGAAUCUCGAGGAAGCCAAAUGACGACUCACCGCUGCUAUGAAGGAUACUUAAGGGACAGCGGAAAGGAACCUCAAAUGAACCUGAUCCAUUUGGACGAUAAUCGAGAUGUUAAAGAGCCAGAAAGAGGCGAACCAGCAGAAGAUCUGACCUCCAUAGAAAUGAUAGAAGGGGACAAUACGCACGUUGUCCAAAUAGGAGCGAACCUGAUGGGAGAGAGAAAAACCGAGCUCAUAAAUUUCCUGAGAGCAAACGUAGACGUAUUUGCCUGGUCAGCUACUGAUAUGCCUGGGAUAGAUAGAAAGAUAGCUGAGCAUAAGCUUAGCAUCUACCCCAAUGCCAAGCCAGUGUUUCAGAAAAAGAGAACUUUUGCACCCAAACGACAAGAGAAAAUAAUUGAGGAGGUGACCAAGCUCCUGGAUGCUGGAUUUAUUGAGGAAGCCAUCUACCCAGAAUGGCUUUCAAAUGUUGUAAUGGUCCCAAAGUUUAAUGGAAAAUGGCGAAUGUGUAUUGACUUUACGGAUUUGAAUAAAGCUUGUCCUAAAGACUAUUACCCUUUGCCUCACAUUGAUUUGUUGAUAUAUGCCACGGCAGGCCAUGAAAUGCUUUCUUUCAUGGAUGCCUAUUCGGGAUAUAAUCAGAUUAAAAUGUAUGAGCCCGAUGUUUUGAAAACUUCUUUUAUCGCAGGCAGAGAUACAUACUGUUAUAUUCGCAUGCCAUUUUGGCUAAAGAAUGUAGGGGCAUCCUACCAACGUUUGGUGAAUUAUCUCUUCAAACAUCAAAUAGGCUGGAACAUGGAAGUUUGUGUAGAUGAUAUGCUUGUGAAAAGCUUGAAAGCACAAGAUCAUAUCAUAGAUCUAAAGGAGACAUUUCAAGUUCUAAGAGAAAGUAACAUGAAGUUGAAUCCAGCCAAGUGUGCUUUUGGGGUUACAUCUGGGAAGUUCCUCGAUUUUAUGGUUUCCCAAAGAGGAAUAGAAACAAAAUCAGCCAAGAUUAAAGCUACACUUGAGAUGCAUCCGCCUGGUAGAGUCAAGGAAUUACAAGAACUGACAGGAAGAGUUGUGGCACUUGGGAGAUUUAUAUCGAUGAGUGCAGUAUUGGUCAGAGGAGAUGGGCGAACACAAAAACCGAUAUAUUAUGUAAGUAAUGUCCUUUUAGAUGUGGAAACUAGGUAUAGCAACGUGGAAAAAUAUGCCUACGCAUUGAUUGUUGCAGCAAGGAAGCCAAAGCCUUAUUUUCAAGCUUAUACCAUCAAAGUACUCACCAACCAACCAUUGAAGAAGAUUUUGGCCAAGCCUGACCACUCCGGGAGACUGAUAGCAUGGUGUGUUGAGCUAGGUGAAUUCGACAUCCAUUAUAAACCCCGAACUGCAAUAAAAGCUCAAGCCUUGGCAGAUUUUUUAGUAGAAUGUACACAUCCCGAGGAGGAAAUCAUUGACAUCGCAGGACCAGAGGAGAUGACCGAGGAAUGGACGUUGUAUGUCGAUGGCUCCUCUAGUGUGCAAGGAUGUGGGGCAAAAUUGAUAUUAACUAGCCCUGGAGGAUUUAUUGUACAGUAUGCCUUGAGAUUUGAAUUCCAGACCACCAAUAAUGGAGCCGAAUAUAAAGCUCUGAUUGCAGGAUUGACGCUGGCACAAAGUUUGAUGAUAAAAUAUAUCACUGUGUAUAGUAAUUCGCAGUUGAUAGUUAAUCAAGUCAAAGGAGAGUAUGGAAUCCCGAGGACCCUCAUCACUGACAAUAGAAAGCAGUUUGAACAAAAAUUCAAGGAGUUCAGUGACCAAUAUGAGAUUCAAUUAAGGAAAACCUCGGUAGCACAUCCUCAAUCCAAUGGGCUAGCAGAAGCAACAAAUAAAAUUCUAUUAGAUGGAAUUAAGAAGAAACUCAAAACGGCCAAAGGAUUAUGGGCGGAAGAAUUACCUAAUAUUCUUUGGGCAUACCGUACAACCACAAGGUUAGCAACUGGAGAAACGCCCUUCAUGCUGGCAUAUGGAACUAAAGCAAUACUCCCAGUCGAAAUAGGAGAAACAUCAAUGAGGAUACAACUCUACAAUCCUGAGAUUAACAAUGAGGAAUUAAGGACAAACUUAGACUCGUUGGAAGAAAUUUGA